GUCUCACGCCGCCGGGCUCCGGCGCAGUAUGGAGAAGCGUGAGGAGAACGACGUGGUACUGAAGGCCACUAAGUUCAUGGAGGAUUUAUAUUUGUACGAGCCUUGCCUGGACGUUUCGUACAGCAGCGGCUGCCGCCGCGACCUGGCACUGCACCCCGACCCGGAGGAGACCAAACAGGUUACUGCCGCCCACGUGACGACGGAGCAAUGGGGUCGGAAGACGAGCGGCACUGCUACGCUGUCCCCUGCCAAAACCUAUCCACCCGCGGCGCUGGCCGCCCCACUCCGCGCCGCUGAGCCGCCUCCGUGCGCGGGGCUGCCGUGCUGGGCGGAGGGGCUGUGCACUCGCUCUGAGGUGGUGCUGCCCUGCUACACUGGUUUAGCCGACAAUGGUAAGCGCUACUCGGCUGAGGGCUACCGUUACGCCGUGGGCAGCGCCUAUGAGAGCGGCUAUGUAGCCAAGGGCAGCGGGCGAGCGCCCGGCGGUGGCCCUGCCGGCAAGUAUGGUGCGGUCAGCCCGCGAGUCAGCUUGGUCACUUAUUUGCCGGGCCCUGCCGCUGAGCAUAGCAAGUUCUCCAGCCCGGGGGGCGCGGCGGUGCUGUCCUACGAGAAGUUCUCCAGUCCGUGCUCCAGCUUGAUGGCACCCAGUCAGAAGUAUAGCAGUCCCCGGGCCAGCCUGGUGCAGUACGACGGCGCCACCCUCAGUCCCCACUCCAACUACACUAGCACAGACAGCGACACAAGCAAACAUUCCAGCCCCCGCGCCAGCUUUUUAAGUUACGAUGGCUGUAGCAAACCCAGCAGCAACCGCACCAGCGGCAUCAGCAUAGGCUACGACCAGCGCCGCUCCAGCACCGCUAGCCAGUGCUCUUGCACCACCAGUCCUCGCUCUAGCUACUCGGACUGCAAGCGCGGCCCGCCGGGCAGCAGCGCUGAGCCGGAGGGUGUGGGCGGCUCCGGGCUUGCCCUGGCCAGUCCCCGCUCCAGCCUUUGCGGCCCUGAGGGGCGCGGCGCGGCGGGUGCCGCCGUGGUAAGCCCCCGCUCCAGCAUUUCUAGCCAAAGCUCGUGGAGCUCCCGCGGCUCCAUGAGUGCCUACCCUGAGCUGCAGCUGCCUUCGCCCCAUUCCGCCUUGCUGGGGCCAGGCCUGCAGGAGGACGGCGCCGCUCCGGAGCUGGGGGACGUCUACCACAAGAUCUAUGACCAGUCCCCGCGGCGGCAUGACCAGCAGCACCCAGCCGCCGGCCUCGAGGCCGUGUCCCCCUACGCCUACUGCCCGACCAAAGGUUCCGCUUCGGCGCCCAAAUUCAAGCUCCCCUACCAGGUGACGCCGUGCCGUGAGAGCGGCACCAGCCAGGCGGAGAGGCGGCUGGAGGCGCUGACGCUGGAACUGGAGAAGGAGCUGGAGAUGCACAUGAAGAAGGAAUACUUCGGUAUUUGUAUAAAAUGUGGAAAAGGUGUGUAUGGAGCGAGCCAGGCUUGCCAAGCAAUGGGUAAUCUCUAUCAUACCAACUGCUUCACAUGCUGCUCUUGUGGGAGAAGACUACGAGGAAAAGCAUUCUACAGUGUCAAUGGUAAGGUGUACUGUGAAGAAGACUUCCUAUAUUCAGGUUUUCAGCAAACAGCAGACAAGUGCUUUGUUUGUGGACACCUCAUAAUGGAAAUGAUCUUGCAGACCCUUGGAAAAUCAUACCAUCCUGGCUGCUUCCGCUGUGUGGUGUGUAACGAGUGUUUGGAUGGAGUCCCUUUCACUGUAGAUGCGGAGAACAAUAUUUACUGUGUCAAAGACUACCAUACGGUUUUUGCACCAAAAUGCGCUUCCUGUAACCAGCCGAUCCUACCAGCACAGGGCUCCGAGGAGACCAUUCGCGUGGUGUCAAUGGACAAGGACUACCAUGUGGAGUGUUAUCACUGCGAGGAUUGUGGCUUGCAGCUCAAUGAUGAGGAAGGCCAUCGUUGUUAUCCAUUAGAGGGCCACUUGCUCUGCCAUGGCUGUCAUAUCAGGCGCCUUAAUAUUGAACUGCCAUCACAUCCACCUCCAAGCUAUCCGAUGCAUAUCACAGAACUCUGAAAGACAUUUCCAUUACCAGUAAGCCAUUUGAAAGAGAAGACAAAUCUAAAAAUUACUUUCCUGUUCCUUUAAAGAUGAGAUUCCAGUAAUAAUCAUCUAAACCAGCUAUUUAUUUUUAAAAUCAGAGGUGAGGGUUCCUUUUC